AGAAUGACGGGCUUCAUUGUGCCAGACACUUUAGCAAUCAAGCCUCAAACGGGCCAUCUUGAGGUUCCCCCUUCGCUCAUCCAACUCUGCAACAAACAUCACAGCAGCCUUGGUCGCCACAAAAAUAACCAGGUUUUGAGGCUCUCGUUCAAUCUCCUAGGUUUUGGGUCUCAAAGGAACUGUCUUUCUAAGUUAAGAUUCUGGUUUUCGGUGGAGCUACCUUGUAUAACAGAUAAAGAAUCUUGACUGGAAGGAAAGAUGCCACAUAGAACACGGCCGAUGACUGCACUCUUGGUGUUCUCUGGAAUCAAUGUGGUCUUGGUAUCAACCAUUACUCCAGUCUAUGAUUUUGUUUGCUUCCUUCCUUACUGGGAAAGAAGGAGAGAACGCCGCCGUCAGGAACGUCAAGCUGCCUUAACAAAGGAUUCCAAAUGAAUAGAGAUGGGUCUUUGAGGUUAGAAAUUUAUGAUGAUUGGUUUGUAAUUGACCUUGUGACAUUAAAACUUCCUUGAUCAGAGCAUAUAAUGGCAACUGGUUCAAUUUUGUAGCAGAAAGAUUUCAUGGAGAAACUUGAUUGAGGUAUCAGAAUGGCUCUCUGAGGUUUGGUUGGGAAGCGUGUGGUAGGUUUAGCAAUACUAUUUUUACACCUGUGACUUUUCCACUCUAGCUGGAUCCACCUGACGACAUGUUAUUUAAAGAGAAAUGAUAGAUUUUCCUCACAGGUUUCCGUUAGUUGCGUGUCUUUUAUGCUUUAGCCAUGGUAAUGCCUAGUGUUACAGGGACUACCAUUGAUGCAAACUUUCAACUGGAAAUCCCUUGAAAUUUAAGCUAUUACUUUGUACA